AUGCCACCUCGACGUGGCACUCCUGCUCUCAAUUCUCUCAGCCCCCAGGAUGCCGCAGUGCAUUCUUCUUCUACCCCGACCUCUCCUGCCCACUUCCAAUUUCCUCAAGCACGUUCCAAUUCUCCAUCUGGUUUUGCUCAUCUCCUCUCUAAACCUUCAAGGUGGUUUCGAAAGCCAUCUGAUCCACGCUUGGCGUCGGGAACAACUGAACCUCGAUGCAGUACCAGCUCAGUGGCCGUACGCAAACCAAAGAUAUCCCGCCCAACAGACCCACGUCCUAUUUUUCAGGGUUUUCAACCGGAACCCUAUGUUAGCGACGCGAGCAAGUCCGUUCUAGAUCUUUCGUCUAAGAAGUCCUUCGAUUUACAACGUCCUUUUCCCACUUCACAACCAUCCUCUCCUGAUACCAACGGAAGCCUUGGCGAUCUUCGCAGCAUAUCCCGUAAAACUUGGUCAAAAUCCGCAGAUGAUCUUGGAAGCUUCUCGGCGUCUUCGUAUUCUUCUGCAGACAUAUCUUUUCAACACAGAGUGGAAGAAUACAGGAACAGAAGCAAUAGCAGUGCAACAUUGCAUCCCACUUCCGCAGGCUCUGGUCCCGGAAGCCCCGUGAAGCAUAUAUUCCCAACCAUUGUCACCAAUAGCCCUAUCUCAUCUUCACCUCCUGAGGGUGGGCUCGCAUCUCCCGACCCUGGCAUUUCUAUCUCUGUCUCCUCGCCCCCUUCAGACACGUUCUUUUCCCCUCCAGCAGAGGAGCCACCUCCUGUUCAUUCCCGUAACACGUCAUUUGCGCCUCGAUUACCUUCUAAGCUAUCCGCAUCUAAGCUAGGCUUUGCGCCAUCAAGCCCCAAAAGGAAGGGAUCAGGUUCCGAGCGAGACGCCGAAUCUACAAAGGAUAAAGAUAGUGAUCGAAAUGGUUCCAGUGGCGCGCGUGGUGUCUUUUCCUUCACUCUUGCGAGUCCUUCCAGCAAACAUCCAUCACCCAACCCAACCCCCCUCAGCAGCCAAAACACAACAUCGUCGCCUUCACCGUUACUUGCGCCUACUAUGCUCAAGCCCGAUUCACAUGACAGUCGCGAUUCACGUCGUACAUCUCAGAUCGUCUAUAACGCUGGCUUUAUCAAUCGCAUGGGAGAUGCCGCACCAUCAAUCUAUGCGCACUAUCGGCCAUACAGUACUGCUACGAAUCUGACGCUGUCGAAAGGAUGGAAGGCAGCCAAGGCAGAGCUUAAAGGGUCGAAGUUGUACUUCUACAAAGUGCCCAGCGACCGUAGCGCUGCCAUCAAAGAACUCUUUCCUACUGAGAUCGUCCCUGCCCUCGAGGAGGGUGAGAUGGAAGGCGAAGCUGAUAACUUGGAUGAUCUAAGGGCUAGUAGGGGCAGAGAUGAUGGUACAGGUGGCAGGAAGAAACGUGCAUAUUGGGGUCGAAGGACGCAUCCUGACCUAGUUCACGGCGACAGUGGCAUCGAGAAAGGGACCUUUGAGGCUCUCUCACAUGAAGCCGUAUUCGCCACGACUUUCCUCCAGCCUUCCAUAGAGGGCGAGGUGCAAGGUGCUUCUACAGGUGAACCUCGUAGAUCGGAGUGGAGAGAUUUCUGUUCUGCUGUGUUGCUCUGCUUGCCCAUCCUUGUAGGGCGAGAAUCAUUUGAGAACGAGUUUACUCGUCUAUGUGAAAAUCUCGUAAGUGGCGCCGAGGAGAGGACAAAGGAUUUUGAGCGCUCGUGCGUCUCAUGGAUGGCCGGCGAGUAUCUCCGCUACCAUGGUACGCCUGCUGAUGAACCUGGUUGGGAUGUUUGGCGAAAGGAAACGAUACCCGCUUUUUCAUGGAAUGAAAGUUCUGCCUCCGGAAUGCCUAAAUCCACUUCUACGCAAGCCGUUUUUGCGCCUUCUCCAAACCCUGGCAUCUACUCUCCCUCAAUGACUGGAACUACAUUCUCUCCAAACCUAGGUACAUUCUCCCCCCGUCCAGGCGACGACGCCAAGAUGGUAUCUCUAAUGGAAGCCUUGGGUACAGGAUUGCAAGCCUCCGCAUCACCCGUGAAGCCUCUUCCCUCACGACAACAGCGCUCCCAGCAUCCAUUCACUGAUCCUAAACAGCGUGUAUGGACAUUACUAACGCAAGACGGCUUUACCCGUGAAGUGCUCUCUCUCCUUGACCCCACCACUGUCGCCCAUAGUUUGAGAGUCUUCCAUCAACGUAUCCUUCAGCAACUUCCUGACAACCUCACAGCCGACCAUAUCUUGAAGGCAGAUAGUGAUCCCAUCGCUUCUCCAGAUUCAGGUGAUUGUGCACCGGCCGGCUCGUCGCCAUCAGCAGCACUAUUCGGGAGCGACGACCGGCCGCACUGGCUCACACGACUACUUCUCAUGCAGAUUUUAGGUGCUGAUUCAUCGUGCAGCUCUGGAGUGGAGCGCAAUGCGUCGUCACGCACGCAUUCGCGCUCUGAAGUGAUAUCCAUGUGGGCGAGGAUUGGAGAGCUUUGUCGGGUUGCGGGUGAUGAGUGUUCGUGGAUGGCUAUCUCUGCUGCGCUGUGUUCGCGACCUGUCGCACGGCUUAGCAAAGCAUGGAGGCGAGCGGAUCGUCAGAGUAUUAUGUCCGUGGAGUCUUGGAUCUACCCUGGAGGUGAUGGGCAGGUCGCGUUUAUCAACGGGCCUCUUUUGACGCCUUGGGGUGGGGAGGUUAGGGAUCGAGCGAAGUAUUUCCUCGAGCAAGCUAGAGAAGAAAGGACGGACGAGGUGUGGGCGGCAAAGCCUCUUUUACAGACCAGGAAUUUGUUCGAGGGCUUUCGGACGAAGAUUUCGUUAUGCCCUAGGAAUACCCUGACGGACAAUCUUCCUCAUGACGUCGAGAAACUCCUCAGCUUUUGGCAAGAUUUUGCGGAGGAGAAAGGUAAUCAGUCCUCCAUAUUAGCGUCCAAGUUCCAACGGGUGGAUCAAUUCAUGUCGCUUUCGUUGGCUGCAGAAGCGAGGUGCAAAGGACUGUUUGAGCCAUUUUUCUGGUCCCAUUCCAUGUCUACGCCACAUACGCUUUGUCAUCCCCUUACGCCCCUGCUGUUCGUAGAUCCGCUGCCGACUGUCACACUCCUUGAUCGAGGACAGAUUUGGCGUGGCCGGCUAGAGAGUGGACCGACGAAGCUCAGUGUUGACGAGCUCCAGCGUCUCCGCGGACUUGAUGUGACGCUGACUCCCGCAUUUCGUAGGGCGGAUGCCUCGUCCAGUAAAGACAAGUUAUUCAACAUCGGUGAUGUCGACAUUCGGGAGACUGCCAUUCCUGUUUAUGAAGGAGAACUUCUCCUCGUUGCUCGCAGCGACCUAGAUUCACUGUCCUCAUCCCGGUCUCCUUCUCGUGCGCCAUCAAGACCUCCGAGUUCUAUAGUGGAGGGGUGCAAUCUCGACAAAUCUAUGACGCGUUCACCUUCUAUCCGUGUAAAGCCUGGAUCGUCUCAGGGUCUCGAGCGGAAGAGCAGCAUUGCACGCCGAAGCUCGUUGCCUUCUAUAUCUUCUCGACCUAACGCUAUCGUGACGGAAGUAUCGUCAGAGCGGCCCAUUCGUGUCAUCGUCCAAGCUGGAACUUUGGACCGCCUGGUCAAUGUCCUCGUGCAUGGCCUUCAGGGCGUUUCAGUCGCUGUAGCUGAUGAUAAUGGCGAGACGUCUUUAAGAGACGGCAAAACUAGAGACCUUGUUGUUGAUCGGACUGAGUUUGCGCGGGUGUGGUGGCAUGUGUUCCGGAGUUUUGUGACCCCUAUCGUCUUUUUCGAGCUACUCCGCAAACGCUUUUUGAGCAGUCGACCCUCCAGCCAGCCCUCUGCAAACAGUUAUCUCCACGUGAUACAAUUUCGGUCAGAAGUGCUGGAGGCGAUUAAGGACUGGAUAACGUCUGGAGGAGGAGCUCAGGACUGUCUCGAUGAUGUUCAGUUGUUUGAAGCUGUGCGGUCUUUCUUGGAUCGUCCAUUCGAUCGCUCUUCCUUUGAUGCUCCGAGUACGGUUGAAAAUGACGUUAGCCAAGCUUGGGAUGUUCUUGACAGCGCUCGUCAAAUAACAUACACGGCGUUCGUAACACAGACUCGACGCCCUCCUUCUGUCUUCUUAACUGAUACCCGAACGCUAAAGUCGACACCUCGGGCGCGAUCCUUUGGUAAUCAACCACCGGACCUUGAUGCGAUCAGCGCCGACGAGCUCGUCGAGAAUUUGAACGCUAUGGGUUCAGCAGCGUUGAGCAAUAUAAACGAGGAGGACCUCUUCAUCACCGCUGAUCUGUUAGAGGUGCAAAGCGCAGACCGUACCGGCUGGUUCUCAACUCGGGAAGUUCCAUCAACAGAUGACAUUGACAUACAGUCCAUGUAUUCCCACCUAACGGACGUUCAGCCAUCUUCGUUAAUAUCCGAGCUUUCUCAGGAUACUAUCUACCGUCUCCUACCGCCUAGCAUCCGCAGCUGUAUCCGUGCCUUUAACAUCCUUCGGAAAUGGACGAUUUCUCAGCUCAUCGCACCGAAACUUGGGAUCCGACUACGGCAGGCAAGAAUGGACCUUUUCCUUCGAGCCAUCGAGAUUGCCCGUCUAAGGAGCAUGAACGCUGGUUUUGCGUCCCUCGGGUGUGGGGACCGACCUUGUGUCCGGUCUUUCGUCGAGGCUGUCCUAACCUCGGCCAUCGUCAGUCCAGAGAGCCGUGUGCACCAUCGUCCAUGGCAAAAUGUUGCGAAUAUUCGGGGGGUUCAGUGCGAUAGCCUUGUAGGACUUCUCUCAAGACCGGCUAUGCCCAAGAAGUCGUAUGGAGAUGCUCUCGCUGUAGAUAUCAGCUGGAUUUUAGAGCGUAUUCUCGAGUUGGUGAGCAUACCGAAUGUGGUCAUGACAACGGGCGAGAACAAUCAGUGCAUCAUAAACUUGGAUAAGCGCAGGCAUCUUUGCAAUCUUAUCAUGACUACUCCGUCGCUCUCGAAGAGGAGCCGUCCCCGCGAAGAGGUUGAUCGGAAAGACUUUGAACGGUUGAACAACAUCGAGAGAGAGAUGAACUCGGUUUCACUCGACCAUCGAAGUAUCAGAGACGAGGCCCAGCGGGAGGCUCUACAAGCUCAAGGCAAUGGUUCGGCAUCUGUCAGGAAGACCGUACGCCCAUUCCAGAAGUUAGUUGCGGCACAACAAGAGAAGUACAAGCGAGACAAGUAUCUCCAUGACCGGCUUAGCAAGGACAAAAAGCAGGAGCAAUUACGCAAUGAGCGGAGAGAUGAUCAAAUUAACAAGGCGAUGCGGUCGCGAAAGCCGAUGACUCAGGUUCAGAAGCAACACCGGAUGAAGAAGAGCUACUCCUCUGCGUUUUUCCAAUUGAUGAGGCCUAUCUCUAGUGCAUUUACUGAUAGCAUGCACGCUACGGCAUUGAAGCGAUCGCCUGCUGAAUUGGACUUCUCGCCCUCUGGUAAACCUUCUUUGGUUCUUUCGGUCGUUGACGCUCGAGUUGCCCAAUUUAUCAAUAACGAGAGGUCGUUCACAUUUCAGCUGGACACCGAAGACGGCGGACAUUAUUUGCUGCAGGCUAUUUCUAAACAAGAGAUGGUACGAUGGAUCGAGCAAAUCAACCGUGUUGCGAGACUUGCUGCUAAACGCCGCUUAACGUAUCUUGGAAAUUCACCAAAGCCGCAACUUGCAGACCAUAUCCAUGAUCAUCCAUCAGCUACUACAGCUUCGCGGGAUCCCAGAGCUGUCUUUGGAGUCGAACUGGAGUUCCUCCUCGAGCGUGAAGCUAAUGGCGCACAGCCUGAGAUUGGAUCGAUACCGUCGGUUAUUCUGAGUUGCCUGUCUGAAGUCGAGUUCCGUGGCCUUAGUGAAGUUGGCAUCUAUCGUGUUGCUGGUGCUACUUCUGAAGUUAAUGCUCUCCGUGACGCCUUCAACAGAGGCGAGCGGCCUAUCACCUCCGAUAACGAUAUCCAUGCCGUGUGCGACUUGAUCAAGUCAUGGUUCAGGUUGCUCCCCGAGCCUGUCUUCCCAUCGUCAUCUUAUUUCAACGUUAUCGAGGCAAUGAAGCUAGAGAAUCUUAAUUCGCGGCUUGCAUGCAUACGAAGUGUUGUGCACGGACUUCCUCAGGCAAACUUUGACCUUCUGAAGAGGAUCGCUGAACAUCUCGAUAGGGUGACCGACUAUGAGGAACACAAUCAAAUGACAGCUGAAGCCCUUGCAAUCGUUUUCAGCCCGAACCUCCUUCGUGCACCGCAAAAUGACUUUGCCCUGAUCUUGUCGAACAUGGGACAUACCCACAAACUUGUGAAAGCCCUGAUCAGUCAUUUCCAUGUAAUCUUUGACGACGAGCUUGAAGCUGACCACGACGUAGAAGAGGAUGAAAUGGAGGAACCUAUCCUCGAGGAAGACGAAGAGGAGAUAGACUCUCCAGCUGCGGGCGAUGAGUCAUAA